AUGAAUCUCACCGACCUACCGCGAAUCUUCCUGCUGUCCACCAAACUAGAUCCUGAAGAACUUCACCAACUCGAAGAACGAAUUCCGACAUUGACAUAUGACAUCAACGAGGCCGAGAUCGUGAUUGGGAAGAUUUCGCAGCCAAGUCGCGCCGAGUUUGAACUGAGAAGAGCAAAACUCAACUUCGUAUCUUUAGGACAAGCGCAUAUUAGCAGAGAUGAGCCUUCAAUUACGGAUGUGACGAAAGGUUCUGAUGGUGGCCCUGAUCCUAAGCGGAGAAGAGUGACAGGGAAUGCUGCGGGCAGACAUGACAUAGUCAAGGUUGCCAAGUUGGCAUGGCUCCUGGACUCGUGGGAAAGGAAAAAACUACUGCCUAUAGACCAAUACUUGGUUUGCCAGGUCAGUAGGGCAUCAGCGCGCGAGGCAACACCUGAAUCCGUCCCUGUACUCGGAUCUGAAUCUGAACACACAUUGCCAGCUGGUUCUACUUCUCCAGCAACCAGUAUUUUAGAACGUGCUCUUGCUGAACAGAAAGCUCAACCUACAAAUACUUCACCAAAAAACCGUAAUAAACGGCGCCACGAUGCCUCGACAACGUUGUCGCAAAACACGCCGAGCUUGCUUCACCAAACAACAUCGGAACACGAUAUCGUCUUACCUAUGAUGCCGGAUUUCUUGAGAACGAUAUAUUCCUGCGAGCGGCCUACAUACAAGGUUCCACCAAAUGAAACCUUUGUCAAGCUUCUGACAGAAAUAAGAACGAUUCGCCAACUUCGAGAGGAUGAUGUUGGCGUGAGGGCUUACUCUACAUCGAUUGCUUCAGUAGCAUCCUACCCAUACCCGCUAAAGAACCCCCAAGAAGUCGCGCGGCUGCCAGGAUGCGGCAAUAGGAUUGCGGAACUCUGGCAUCACUGGAAGGAGACAGGAGAGUCGGCAGAAGUACGCGAAGCCAACGCAGACCCCAAGAUCUCUGUUCUCAAGGUCUUCUACGACAUAUGGGGAGUGGGAGCGGCCACUGCUCGCGAGUUCUACCAAAAAGGAUGGCGAGAUCUGGAUGAUCUGGUCGAAUUUGGAUGGAACACCCUGAGUCGCUCACAGCAGAUUGGUGUAAAAUAUUACAAUGAAUUCCUGCUGGGUAUUCCUCAAGACGAGGUUGUCUCUAUCGGCGCUACCAUUCUGAAGAAUGCGCGCAUGAUUGACCCAGGAUUCGAGAUGGUUAUUGUUGGAGGUCACAGACGAGGGAAGCAGCAAUCGGGCGAUGUUGACGUUGUCUUGAGCCACCGAGACGAGAGCAAGACACUCGGCGUAAUAUCGAAGAUUGUCGUGAUCCUUGAACAGGCCCAUCUGGUCACGCAUACACUUGUACUGUCAACCCACAACAGUGAGCGAGGACAGCGCCCUGUAUCGUGGAAGGGACAGACCUCGAGCAGCUCGGGUUUCGACACACUCGAUAAGGCACUGGUGGUUUGGAAAGACCCAAAUCAAGAAGAUGCACCGCAUCGGCGAGUGGACAUCAUCAUCAGUCCGUGGAAAACAGUUGGUUGCGCAGUGCUGGGCUGGAGCGGCGGAACGACAUUCCAGAGGGAUCUUCGACAAUACUGCAAGUAUGUCAAGGGAUACAAAUUCGACAGUAGUGGAAUCCGACGUAGGGCUGACGGCAGAUGGGUGGACCUUGAGGGCACCUCAGCCGACAAUCCGGCCCCCGAUAUGGAGACAGCAGAACGGAGGGUUUUUGGAGGACUUGGUCUGCCGUGGCGGCCACCAGAAGCAAGAUGUACUGGUUGA